AUGCCUAAUGGGGUGAAGGCUGUGGUCAUGUAUUUGGUUGCCAUUCUGCUGCAGAUGGCUCAUGGUGUGGACUUGGAGAUUGGCUUUUACGAUAAGUCGUGUCCGUCCGCUGAAGAAACCGUUCGGCAGGUAGUGGCCGGUGCAUAUGCCAACAACCGGAGAAUAGCCCCUGGACUCAUCCGCAUGCAUUUUCAUGAUUGCUUUGUAAGGGGUUGUGAUGGAUCUGUGCUACUGGACUCCACUCUGGGAAAUUCCUCAGAAAAAGAGGCAGAGCCCAACAGAAGCCUGCACGGUUUCCAAGUGAUCGACGACGCAAAGGCCAUGGUGGAAGCUCAGUGUCCAGGUGUUGUUUCCUGUGCCGAUAUCCUCGCCUUUGCCGCCCGAGACAGUGCGAGCCUCGCCGGGAAAAUACACUACCGAGUCCCGGCUGGACGAAGGGAUGGCCUAGUCUCCAUAGAGAGCGAGGUAAUUACCAACAUCCCCUCUCCAUUACUCAAUGCCACGGAGCUCGUCGGCAGCUUUGCAGCCAAGAACCUAACUACAGCGGAUAUGGUUACACUUUCUGGGGCGCAUUCCGUCGGAGUGGCGCACUGCAGCUCAUUCAUCAACAGGCUAUACAACUUCAGUGACACCGAUGACAUAGAUCCAACUCUCGACCCAAUCUACGCCAGCAUCCUCAGGAGCAAGUGUCCUUCGAACGUCACAUCUACGGACCCAACUGUGGUUUCACUCGACUCCUUAACGCCUGCAGUACUCGACAAUAUGUACUACGUGGGGCUUCAGCUAAACCGUGGACUGCUAACCUCGGAUCAGGCUUUGCUCACGGAGACUUCCCUUAAGGAUUUGGUUGAUUUGAAUGCUUACUACGGAAAGGUUUGGGACUGGAAAUUUGCUAAAGCCAUGGUUAAAAUGGGAGGCAUCGAGGUCUUGACUGGCAGCGACGGAGAGAUAAGGAAGAACUGUAGGGUCGUUAAUGGUGGUGACGACUCUGAACUUUUCCCCGAUAAACUCUUUCCAGAUUCUGCAUGUCUAAGCUAA